UCUACCUUUGAAAAGUGCUAAGUUUGGUAUAAAGACGUAUGAACUAUGUGAGUCCAGCAGCGGAUAUUUAUGGUCGAUCCUAGUUUAUACUGGAAAGAAUAUGACCAUUGAUAUUACCAUGCAUGACAGAAAUGUUAAUAAAACCUCAGCCAUUGUUCUGUCUCUUAUUCAACCUUUAUUAGGUAAAGGCUAUACGCUAUGGCUUGAUAAUUUUUACACUUCUCCGGCAUUAGCCCGAUUUUUGAAAGAACAUAGGACCGAUUGUGUAGGAACACUAAAAACUAAUAGGAAAAAUUUUCCUGUGACAGUAAAGAAUGCAAAAUUAAAAAAAGGUGAGACGAUUGGCCGACAUGUAGGGUCGAUUACAGUAAUGAAAUGGUAUGAUAAAAGAAACGUGUGCCUACUAUCGACAUAUCACGGCACGGAAACGAAAACAGAAGUAAAGCAUGGUAAAGAAAUAACAAAACCCAUAUGUGUUUAUGAUUAUAACUGUUAUAUGGGAGGAGUAGAUCGUAAAGAUCAACUUCUUCAACCAUUUCUGGUUGAACGCAAAAAAAUGUCGAAAUGGUACAUCAAACUGUUUAGGCGACUACUCAAUGUUACUGUACUAAAUAGUAUGAUUAUAUAUAAACACAAUACAAAAAGAAAUAUUAGUCAGUUAGCAUUUAGAAUUGCUUUGAUUGAACAACUGUUUGUACAUUUUCAAACAAACGAAAGAAGAUACAAUGUAAAACUAGCACAGGAUAAUAUAGUUCCUCGUUUGACGGAAAGACAUUUCAUUCGAAAAAUUACCCCAAAAGCAACGAAAGCCAAUCCACAAAGACGAUGUGCUGUUUGCACUAAACACGGAAGAAAAAAGGACACCAGAUACUGUUGCGAAAAUUGUAACGUUGGCUUAUGUUUGGAAGAAUGUUUCGAAGCGUAUCAUACACAAAUGGAGUACUGA